GAGCUCUGCAGACUGCUGACCGUACAGCCUUGACAUUCAAACCCGGGGUUCCAACUCCCUGAGAGCGUUGAUUGAUGUGUCUCGCGGGGGCAGUGAACGCCACUCGCUGUUCGGGUCAGGCUUGUUUCUGUUUAUAAAAGUCUUUGCUCAUUACAAUCAUGGCAAGUGGGGAUUUAGGAGGAGGUGUUUGCCUUUGAAACAUUUGAAGAAUGUGCAAUAUCUUGUAGACAAUUAUUUAAAUUAAAGUGUUUCUUUAUAAAAAUGAGUCUCUGACAUGAGGACGGGGUUGAAGCUGACUACACAAGCUGUCAAUGUUUGGGACACACAGCCAAGCAGCUAUCAUCUAAUCUGCAGUUUGUUUAGUGAGAAGGAAGAGAGGACGAGAUUGAGCCCUCCAGGCUGGAAUCCAAUCAAGUCAUUAGGAGUAGGUGGAGCCCGAGCCAAGUUCCCACAACUGAGUUUUGGUCAGAAGACAAAGACAGCAGUGCUCUCUGAAAAAGGCACCAAAAACCCAGGUUUUUGUGUGAUAAGUUGUGAUGGGGUUCAGAGACUUGGCUGUGUUCGGGUUUGUGCUUCUCCUCUCAGGUGGAAAUCUCUGUGCUGCAACACAAAACUGGUCAAACCUCAGCACCAAUGAGACUCUGAGCCAAAUCCCUCAAGAGAAAGUGACAGAGGGCUCACAGCUGCCAGGUUCACCGCAGACAGCAGAUCAUCAGUCAAACCGCACGGCGCACAGCGAUCAGGCCCGUUCUCCCGUCACCUACCGCCUCAAGAGCAACCAGCUCAGGAACCCAGCUGUCAGGAAGCAAAAACCACCCCAGCCUCUUGUGCAUGCUUCUCAAAACCUGUGGAUGACGGAGGCCGGAGAGCUGACCUCAGAGCAGCUGGAGCCAGAGGUAACUGUGCAAGCUCGAGAGCUGAUAAAAUUGGCGGCUCCAGGCCCUGAUCUGAACCCACCUGUCAAACCGGAAUCAAAGGUGCUGAUGCUGAUGUUUGAGCAGCGGGUGCCUGUGCCAGCAGACAGCGUGGCAGCACGCUGUGGCGAAGAAGGGGUCACCGUAGAGGUCAAACAGAACUUCCUAGGAAACGGUCAGUUGAUCCAUCCAAGUGAUCUGACCUUAGGAGGCUGCGCCGCACUUGACGCCGCUCGCCACAUCCUGCGGUUCCAGACGCAGUUGCAGGGCUGUGGCAGCACAAUGACGAUGACUGAAGACGCCCUCAUCUACACCUUUACUCUCAUGUACUCUCCAACACCCAUUGGCAGCACCGUCAUUUUGAAGACCAACCCUGCUGAGGUGGUAAUUGAAUGCCACUAUCGAAGGAGGCAUUAUGUGAGCAGCAGCGCUGUGAGGCCUACCUGGGAGCUGUUUGCCUCCAACAUCUUAGCAGAGCAGCAGCUACACUUCUCCCUGCGUCUCAUGACAGAGGACUGGCAGUCGCGGAGAACCUCCAGUGUUUACUUCCUGAGUGACGUGAUGCACAUAGAAGCAGCAGUCCUCCAGGGUCACCAUGUUCCACUGAGGGUGUAUGUGGACAGCUGCGUGGCCACUGAGAGCCCGGACCCUGAUUCUCAACCCAGAUACCCCUUCAUCAACAACCAUGGGUGUUUCAGUGACGCUAAGCUGACAGGAGCCAAGUCUUACUUCAUGCAGAGGAGCCGCGAGGAUAAACUUCACUUCCAGCUGAAAGCCUUCAGGUUCCACCACGAUCACAGGAAUUCAAUCUACAUCACAUGUCACCUGAGAGCAACAAGAGUCUCCGUUCCCAUCGACUCCCAACACAAAGCAUGUUCAUACUUGACUGAAGCCAACAGAUGGGUGGCAUCAGGUGGAGACAAUAAGGUGUGUGACUGCUGUGAGACCAGCUGCAGCGAGCAGAGACAGAGAAGAAGCCUGGGAGCAGAUGCUGAUCAGCAGUGGGAGGGGACGGCGGCUCUGGGCCCCAUCCUGCUGGAGGAGAGCAUCCUGCUGCAGGAGCUGGCUGAGCUGUCCGAGCUUCAGUUGGAGCUAGACUCUCUGCUCCGAACACGUGAAGCGACUCGAGCAGAUUCUUAUUCAUCAAUAGCCCUGCUGUGUGGAGUGGGUGCGGCGGUGGCUGUGCUGCUGCUGGUUUUCACGGGUGCUUUCAUUUACGGCAGAGGACAGAAACCCACCGGACACUUUGUUUGCACCUGAUAUAAGAGAAUAAAACAUUUAAAACCAA